CGCAGUAGCGAAUUGACUGGUGAAGUGACAGACCUCUUUCCCAAUCCCCCUCUGGCCUAUCAGGACGGCUAUACAUUCUUGGGCCUGUUUGACUCCGACGAAAAUAGCAUACAUCGGAAAACAAACCUUUACUAUCCUUUUAGCAGUCAGAGAGAUUGGCAGCUUGCAGCAUGGCUGCUACGUUCAGGCCUGAGCAUGGGGAAGAUUGAUUCUUUUUUAUCACUCGAAAUGAUCAAGGAUUUACCCUUAUCAUUCCAUUCAGCCAAAGAAUUACAGGGUCGAGCAGAGAUGCUGCCCAGCGGUCCACGUUGGCAGUCUCGAGUAAUUCCAAUGUCUCACCCUACAAAGUCACCUGUGGUUCUGUACUGGCGUGACCCUAUCGAGUGCAUAGCCGCGCUCUUCAACCAUCCAUUAUUCCACAACUAUAUCGACCUCACGCCUCGCAGGGUGUACACCACCACGGAGAAGAAGUGUCGCAUAUUUACUGAAUGGAUGACAGGAAAUGACGCAUGGGACAUGCAGUCGGCAAUCCCUAGUGGCGCGACUCUCCUUGGCACCGUUCUUUCUUCCGACAAGACAAAUAUUACUUCAUUAACAGGGGAUCAUGUGGCUCAUCCGCUCCUGAUUAGCCUCGCAAAUAUUCAUAUGAAAAUAUGA